CUCAUUGCAGCGAUGAACAGAUAAGAGAUGCGAGCGAGGGUGACUGUAGCAAAUACCGAUGGAUAGAACUGAGAAUACACAGAACAUGUUAAUUUAGAAUUCCUCAUGAUUUGUAGUUUAACGUACAUAGGAAUUAAAAUAAAACCUGUCCGUUCAACGAGGGGAUUGUACGAAACAGAAGGGUUUGUGUGACGUUAGAUGACUAGCUAACGUUGGGCAACGUUAAUCAAAUCAGUUUUACUGAUUUUCUAACCGACGUCGCCGAUAUUACGAAGUGCGCAUAUCGUCAUCCAACCCGGUCUUCCUCAUUGACGCAGUACGAAGAGUGUACUGGUUCGGAGAAUGCUAAAGAAUGAGUCAAAGGGAUACCCUGGUUCAUUUGUUUGCCGGAGGGUGUGGGGGAACAGUGGGUGCUAUUCUGACUUGUCCACUGGAAGUGGUGAAGACCAGACUACAGUCCUCUCAUGUCACCUUCUACAUCUCUGAGGUGCAGCUCAGCACCGUCAACGGGGCCAGUGUGGCCCGCAUGGCCCCCCCGGGACCCCUCCACUGCCUCAAGUUGAUACUGGAGAAGGAGGGACCGCGCUCGCUGUUCAGAGGUCUUGGGCCCAACCUGGUGGGUGUGGCUCCUUCCAGAGCCAUCUACUUUGCAUCCUACUCCACUGCCAAAGAGAAGCUGAACGGCGUGUUUGAGCCCGACUCGACGCAGGUCCAUAUGGUGUCUGCAGGCCUAGCAGGGUUCACUGCUAUCACGGCGACCAAUCCCAUCUGGUUGAUCAAGACCCGGUUGCAGCUGGAUGCCAGGAACCGUGGCGAGAGGCGCAUGAAUGCGUUUGAGUGUGUGCGGCGGGUCUACCAGGCGGAGGGCUGGCGGGGCUUCUAUCGGGGUAUGUCUGCCUCGUAUGCCGGCAUCUCCGAGACGGUCAUCCAUUUUGUCAUCUAUGAGAGCAUCAAGCGCAAGCUGAUGGAGUCCAGGGCCCAGGCCAGCAUGGAUCAGGAUGAGGACGAGUCUGUGAGGGAUGCCUCAGACUUUGUGGGCAUGAUGCUGGCCGCCGCCACCUCCAAGACCUGUGCCACCUCUCUCGCCUACCCCCACGAGGUGAUCCGCACCCGGCUACGAGAGGAGGGCAGCAAGUACCGCUCCUUCUUCCAGACAUUACUGACAGUACCUAAGGAGGAGGGCUACCGCGCCCUGUACCGUGGUCUCACCACCCAUCUGGUCCGCCAGAUCCCCAACACCGCCAUCAUGAUGUCCACCUACGAGAUGGUGGUCUACAUGCUACAACGCUAGCCCCUCCCCUUCCUGUCUGGAGAGAAAGUAGGAAGUGACUGACUUGGUUGGGCAUGUCUAAGAUGGAGACCAAAGGAAAACUGAUAUGGACCAGAACCAAGAAGAAAGAACAGGAGCCCCCCUACUCCCCAUCCAACAACCUCACACCCUAAUCCUACAGGCUGACCCUCAAGGGGGCUCUGUGGUCUGGGGACAGAGAGAAACAGUUGGGUCAGUCUUUUUAUAGAGCCUGUCAAACAGGAGAUGUCUCUGAAGGAAAGACGGAUAUCAUGUUGUGGCCUUUAAAGAGUUUUAAGUUUGUCGCUGUGUCUUUUGUAGAAUGAAACCAAACUGCUUUAGCCUGUAUUGGAAAUUACAAUCUGAAAGGGAAUGCUUGAAAACAAUCGAUCAAAAACUGGUGUCAUAACACUGAACAUUACAUAAAAUUCUCCAGUAGAUGCAUUUGAUUAAAUUAGCGCUUUUUCACUAGGAUUUAGCAUGUAAGCUAAUAUUUGAAACAAGCUUAGCAUGCUCUGUUUCAGUAACUUGAAACCAAGUUUGGUGGAUGGGUAUCUUUAUUUUCAACAGAUCAAUUUCUCAAGCAAGAAUUUAGCUAGGACUGUUUGAGUGGGGAGGGGAAAGCUAGCUACUAUUGGAAGAGAGGUUUGGAACUCUUUCUUAUUGGUCUAUUAACUGAUUUCAAAGUUCCAUCCCACCUAAACAGGCUGAAAUUUCAGGUCUCUUCAAACAGCUCUUACACUAAAAGGGCAUUAUCAUUUUUACAACUUCACAAUAUUCCAACCUCCAUUGUGUAUAAAACACAGUAAAAUAAUGUUUUUGACUGCACUGGGCCUUUAAAACCUUGUAACAAUAAAGCAAACGCCAACCUAGUGUCUUAAUAGGGCGUUGGGCCACUA